AUGGCUUUAUGGAUCUGGACACUGACCAUUUUGAGUUUUUGCAUCACCUUAUCCAGAAAUGAGGAACUGAAAUUUUUUCAGAGUGCUACAGAGCUAAAUCAUCUAACAGUGGAUAAUGACACUGGGAUAAUCUAUCUGGGAGUGGUAAAUGCUCUGUAUCAGCUUACAGAAAACCUGGAUCCAAUAAGGUCUGUAGAAACAGGUCCAAGAAAGGACAACAAAAAGUGCACACCUCCCAUUGAUGAAAAUCAGUGUAAAGAGGCAGUACUGACUGACAAUUAUAAUAAAUUACUGUUGCUGAACAAGGCGGAUAAAACAAUUGUGGUGUGUGGAAGCCUUUUUAAGGGAAUCUGUGCCAUCAGAGAUCUGGAGGACAUUAGCAAUGAGACAUAUUAUGUAGACAGUAGUGGAGAAAAGUCCUUUGUAGCAAGCAACGAUGAGAAUGUAUCGACUGUGGGAUUGAUCACCUCCUUGAAUAACGACCGAGUGCUGUUUGUUGGGAAAGGGAAUGGACCAAAUGAUAACGGCAUAAUAAUCAGCACUCGGCAGCUCUACGAAAGGGAUGGAAAAGACAUUUUUGAAAUGUAUACAGACUCAGCAGCUGUUAAGUCAGCUUAUCACUCGUCAAGCACACAACAAUUUGUGGCAGUCUUUGAGGAUAAAAAUUAUGUUUAUUUUAUUUUUAAUCAGCAAGAGAAACAGCCCGUCAAUAACCGCACACUGAUUGCGCGUCUGUGCAAAGAUGAUGCCCAUUAUUAUUCCUACUUUGAAAUGGACUUGGGUUGCAAAGAUGAUGAUGGUGCUUAUGACCACUGUCAUUCUGCUUACGUCACUACCCCAGGAGAAGAGCUAGCUGAAAGCAUGGCUCAGCAGAGACAAACUACGGAUGCUCUCUCAGAUGACAAAGUUCUUCUUGCACUCUUCAGCAAAGUAAACAAAGAUAACGGCUCUCUAAAAUCUGCGAUGUGUGUGUUUUCCUUGCGGCACAUCAAUGAAAAGAUGGAAAAAAACCGGAAUGACUGCUACACUAAAAAGAAUACCAGUGCAUUUUACAAGCUUUUUGCAGCAGAAAACCCAUGUGCAUCACACGGACUGAAUGCAAGCAAAAAUUUCCCCUGUGGCUCCGAACACUUGCCGUACCUUUUGGGAAGUAAGAACGGUGUUAUAGAGAAGCCAGUACUACAAAAAGAAGGGAUGAAUCUCACGGCUGUCACUGUGGCUGUGGAGAAUGGGCAUACUGUGGCCUUUCUGGGAACAUCGGAUGGUAAAAUUCUUAAGGUGUUCUUGUCAUCCACUGCAACUGAGUACAGCUCUCUUACUAUUGAACUAAACAAACCCAUAAAGAGUGACCUGGUCCUUGACCAAACCCAAGAAAAUUUGUACGUGAUGACCACAGACAAGGUUCAUCGACUACCUGUGCAGGACUGCCACAAAUAUUCGGACUGUGAGAAGUGUGCUCAAGCGAGGGAUCCGUACUGCGGCUGGUGCGUGAGAGAGGGCAGGUGCACAAAGAAGGCAGACUGUGGAACAGCUGAUAAGGAGAACCACUGGCUGUGGAGCCCAAGUGGCACAUGCAUGACUAUCAUUAGUGCAGACCCUCUAAAUAUGAGUCGCAGAGCCCCUGUCCAGGUGGAACUGACUGUAAGUCCAUUGCCAACUUUGACUGAGAGCGACCAGGUUUUAUGUACGUUUGGUGAAACAGCCCAUUACGCUCAGUUAAAAGAAGGGGUUAUUAUCUGUGAUCCACCCGAUACAAUUCCUCCAACACCGAAAGGUCAAGAUCAUGUUUCAGUUCCACUUCGGUUAACCUUUGGAAAGAACAAGAUAUUUUUUGCGUCACAUACUUACCCUUUUUAUGACUGUGAAGAAGCAAUGAAUCUUUUUGAAAAUCAGCCAUGCUAUUCCUGUGCAAGCAAUAGAUGGAAUUGCCAGUGGGACUGGAAGAGACAUAUCUGUGAAGAGUCCUCUUCAGUACAGGAUGUGAUUAAACAAAAUAUGGAAGAAGAAUGCCCGCAGUUUCUAAAUCCUAACCCUCCAAUAAUACCUAUGGAGUACCGAACAACAGUGUAUUUUGAGGGAAGACAUCUAGCUUAUUAUGGGGAUAAAAAAUUUGCAGUUGGAAACAGUCAGUUUGAAUUCGAAGCUCCUGUUUAUGAAUCAGAUGAAGGAAAAUUUUCAUUCAUGAGUGAAGAGUUCUCCUAUAGUGCAAAUGAGACCCUACGACUUAACUUAUCCAUAAGAACAGAUACGGUCAAGAUUGACAGCAAACUGAUGGUGACUCUGUACAACUGCUCUUACGGACGAAGCGACUGCAGCUUAUGCCUCGCAGCCCAUCGCGACUAUAAAUGUGUCUGGUGUGAAGAAGAGGGCAAGCCCAGCAAGUGCGUUUAUGAAAAACUCUGUCACGCUCCUCCCACUGACACGUGUCCUCAUCCAGAAAUCACUCGCAUUGAGCCAAAAACUGGACCACUAAGUGGUGGAAUUCUUUUGACCAUCAUGGGAUCUAAUUUGGGAAUAAAAGCAGAAGAUGUAACAAAUAUAACAGUGGCAGACAAGGAAUGUCUUUUCAAAGAGGAAUUCUACUCUGUUUCCACAAGGAUUGUAUGUCAAGUUGGACCAAUGAAUGAACCAAAACAAGGUCAAAUUGAAGUUAACAUCAAUGGAAAAUUAGGUAAAUCACCAAGUAAAGUGCAGUUUACAUACCAG